AUGUCUACAACUCGAUAUGCCACUUUUCAGGGCUGCAGAAACUUCCGACUGCUGAUAGUUUUAUCAACGCUUUCUGGGAAGCCCAUUCGAGUAGAAAAAAUCCGGUCUGAGGAUUUGAAUCCAGGCCUGCGAGACCACGAAGUCUCCUUUCUUCGUUUGAUGGAAGCGAUGACCAACGGUAGCUCGAUCGAAAUUUCAUACACCGGUACAACGGUCAUCUACAGACCGGGCAUCAUCACAGGCGGUUCAUAUACACAUCAAUGCCCGCCUGGGAAACCCGUGGGAUACUACGUAGAACCGAUGCUGUAUCUGGCACCAUUUUCCAAAAACAAGUUCUCGGUAAUUUUCCGGGGUGUUACCGCUUCGCAUCAGGAUGCGGGUCUGGAGGCCAUCAAGUGGGGGCUCAUGCCGGUGAUGGAAAAGUUCGGCGUUCGCGAAUGCGCUUUGCACACUUUGAAACGAGGAUCUCCGCCUCUGGGAGGUGGUGAAGUUCACUUGGUUGUCGACUCUCUGAUCGCACAGCCUAUUACCAUGCAUGCUCUUGAAACGCCUCAGAUUUCGUCCAUCAGAGGUGUUGCAUAUUCGACCAGAGUUAGUCCCUCAAUGGUCAACAGAAUGAUUGACGGUGCCAGAAAAGUGCUGAAGAGCGUAGGAUGCGAGGUUGAUAUUACUGCCGAUGCGUGGAGAGGGGAGAACGCCGGAAAAAGUCCAGGCUGGGGUAUAACAUUAGUGGCAGAGAGCAAAAAGGGCUGGAGAUACUUUUCAGAGGGUAUUGGUGAUGCUGGUGCUGUUCCUGAAGACUUGGGUACCCAGGUCGCCUACGAAUUACUGGAAGAAAUUUCAAUGAGCGCUGUUGUAGGAAGAAAUCAACUGGCAUUAGCCAUUGUCUACAUGGUUAUUGGCAAGGAGGAUAUUGGUAGACUCAGAAUUACGAAGUCUCAAGUCGAUGAGAGGUUCAUUUGGUUAUUAAGACACAUUAAACAGAUUUUCGGGACUGAAGUGUUUUUGAAGCCGGUUGACGACGCUGAUAGCGACGAUCUGAUAGCGACCGUCAAGGGAGUUGGCUUUACCAAUACCAACAAAAAAAUAGCAUAA